AUGAUUAUUAUCGUCGCUUUACCUGGCAUGGGCAAGACAGAGGUUGCAACAUGUGUAGGACACUUGUUACAAAAAGAACACCGGCCUGUUGUGUACGUCAAGGAGAAAAAACUCAUGGAGAUCUGCCAAGAAAUUCUCUAUCAGGUAGAUCAUCGACACUGGACAUUAAACGAAGAUGUGAUUUCCCACUGCAAGCGAAAGCUAUCGGAGCUCGAAGACGACACGAUAGUCAUUCUUGACAACACAGAAGAUGCACAAAAAGAAAAAGAGUUCUAUGACUUUUUUGAACACAUGGUGAAGUCGGCGCCGAGGAUUCGAACAAUCAUAACAACACAGUGUGACAUCAUUAUCAACAGCCUCAUUUCAGCCAGCAUUCAUAAGAUUCGCCUCGAUCCUUUAGAUUCUUCCUCAUCUUCUAAACUAUUGAUGCAAAUAGCACCAGGAAUUUCAAAAGCUAUUGCUGAAGAGAUUGGCAAGUUGUGCGACGGGAUACCCUUAUUUCUUAGCUGCAGUGGUUCAAUGAUGGCUGAUGGCUUCUGCCCCGAAGUUUUUGCCCGAGAGCUGAGAAAAAACCCCGUGAGAGUUAUACGCGAUUGCGAACAUCUAAACCUGAUUUAUACCAACAUUGACCGCUUUUUACGUCUUUUGCCUAAACAGGUGUUGAGGAAUCUAGUCCGCCUUUCCGUAUUCCCAAAGAGUUUUUCUGUGAAAGACAUCCAGUUUUUGUUUGAGGAUGAUUUUGAAGAGGAAACUGUGAAGACAAAAAUGUUUCAGUACUGUUUGCUUGAAAAGUUGAAUGAUGGGAAAAUUUUUACUAUUCAUCCACUCGUUAAGACCUAUUGCAAAGCGGAAAGAGAAACCUUGGGCAUGGUUAAUGAAGGGCGCUCCGCAGAGACGGCUUUCAAUCAUCACUACCUCAAGAUUCUGCAAGAUCUUCACAAUCUGUUUCUUACAAAAGAUUCUUCUUUAGAGGCCAUUCAAAGGUUCAGGGAAGACAAACAAAAUAUCAUGGAAGCAUUUGAGAACUGUCUAUGUGACUCUAGUGAGCCUAAAGAAAAACUUUUUGCUGUUGAUGUUGCUAAUGAAGUCGUGGACUUCUUAGCUAAAGUGUUAUCACCACCUAUGGAAUGUACCCUUUUGUACCAAAAGUGCUGUGAGAUCGCUAGAGACUCGGUAGGUGACGGCAAGAGACUUGCAUACAGCUUAAAUUCCCUUGGUUUUCGUUGUCUAGAUGACGCAGAUCACUGCAAAGGGGACGGUGCAGGGCAUGCUUGUAAGAAGUUUGAAGAAGCUUGCUCAAUAUUCAGAGGAUUGUCAAAAGAGUCUCAGAAAUGCGAGAAAUACGCUCACGUCACCACCAAACAUGGGUUAUGUGUCUUACUCCAGGUGAGAGAGUUUUUUUUUUUGUUUGUCCUUCUGCUUCCGGUGGAUUGCAUUUUUCAUGAGACAUUAUGCGCUUGUGUUAAGCCGGCAGGAUUAGAGACCGAGUGUAACCGGUGGUUUCCCCGCGAAAUGACGUCUGAGAAACGAGUGCAGAAAUUCCAUACUGAUGACGCGUCACUACCAAGAUAUGGGUAGUGCUUCUGAUUGCACCGUAAUUUUUAGGGAGUUAUUAUAACUCCAAAAAUGGAGUAAAAAUUUUAGGUACAGGAUAACCCCUUUUUUGGGGUUAUUUUAACUCCUAAUUUAACUCCGAAUUUGGGGUCAUUUUUACUCUUGAAAAAGAGUUCUUUUUACUCCCAGUCUUGGAGUUAAAACUACUCCGAAAUGGGGUUACUUGUACUCCUUACAGGGGUUGUUUUUACUCUUUUUGGAGUUAAUUUAACUCUGAAAGUGGAGUAAAAAUUUUAGGUACAGGAUAACUCCUUUUUUGGGGUUAUUUUAACUCCUCAAUAUCUGGGGUCACUUUUACUCCUGAAAAAGAGUUCUUUAAACUCCUUUUUGGAGUUAAAAUAACUCCACGAAAAAUAACUCCACUGUAAGGAGUUAAAUUAGCCCCACUAGAGGAGUUAUUAUAACUCCCUGAAAAUUACAGUGUGCAUGAACCAAAUUUUCAGCCAACAAGAAACACUACUCAGAUCUGUAUAGUGACGCGUCAUGAGAAUGGAAUUUUUUCGCUCGUUUCUAAGACGUCAGUUCGCGAGGAAACCAGUGGUGGCGUCGCGAAUUGAAAUGUCGGCUUUUUCCUGAGGCUACAGAGAAAAUGCUGUGAAGUAUUAGACGGAUACCGUAUGUUUUUUUUCGUGGUGGAGCCGCCAAAAGUUGAAAAUAUAUACGAUUGGCCUGGUAAAAGAUGAUUGCAUAAAAUUACUUUCGCUGGACUAAUUUCUGCAUUUGGCCUAAGCUCACUACCUAUUUCGAGUUUCGAGCAAACACGCGAGGGAGCUGCAGUAGGUAAAGCCGCGAGCGUCUCCUUCACUCUUGUGUCUCCUCUCUCUAGCCCGUGCCAGGCUGUCAGAGCGAAAAUAAGACUCGCGUGAACUGACUGAAAGUGGUGGUAGCGUCUUAACUCUGUCCAGCUCCCGCGCGUUUUUCCGCAUCAGUUUAUAAUAAUGAUAAUAAUAAUAAUAAUAAUAAUGAUGGUUUAUUAAAAUACACAUGGAGGCAUAAAAGCUAUGAAUUACAAUGUGCUUACAUAAGUUACAACUAAAAAUGAAAAAACCAUUGGUUUCAGAGGGACUGGGGUUACAGGCUAUUUAUAAAUUAUUUACAAUUCAGAUAUAGAUAAAGGACAAUACUAGAGAUAACUAGACUCGUAAUAUUAGUUAAUUUUCGCCAUUGCUGGGAAAAAACUAGAGCCGAAACGUUUUGUUCUAUACUGGAAGAGGCUAGAACUGCUACUGUUCCUAAGAUGAUAGGAGUGGCAUUCGGAUCGCACGGGAGGGAGAAGGCGCUGCAGCUGGCCAUCCGGGUUAUUUUUGAUAUUAAGACACAGGUGGGCGCGUCUAUACUCUAAACUGGUAAUGUUGCUUGUGCAAGAGCCUGUUGAUAAUGGAGGUCAGGGUAUAGGAUUCGCAGGGCCCUCUUCUGGAUAGCUUCAAGCUGGUCAAUGAGGAAGCGAGGAAGGCAAGUAGCCCAGACAACAGAAGAGUAUUCAAGGACAGAGCGAACCAGGGCGCUAUAGAUGGUGACAAGGUCCACUGGAGGGACCCCAGCGCGCUUCAAGACCCUGAGAAUGUGCAGUCGCUUAGACGUCUUGGAAACGACGUCGUUGGUGUUAUCGUUCCACUUUAGGGUGUCACACAGGGUCAGACCAAGUACUUUGUAACAUGACACUGCCUCUAGAGGUAAAUUAUUGAUGGAGAGCAUGGGAGAGACAGGCUUGGUUUUGAGUGGACAAAUUGUCAUGAUCUUGCAUUUUUUAGGGUUGAGGUUCAUGUUGUUCUGCUGGGCCCAUUGCGAAAUGCAGUUGAUGUCGUUCUGCAGAGAUGACGAUUACUAUUUUGGAACUCAGAGCAGGCUACCUUUAGUAUGCAGCCGUUCGCGCAGCAAACUUUGCCUUAGUACUUUUAUAGCAGCAGCAACAACAACAACUUUAUUUGUACCCAACAGUAUAAAAUUAUGAUUAACAAAAUAUAUUAACAAAAAUAUAGAGGAGUUCGGGAUGCCCAAAAUAACCAUAGGAGCCAGAGAAAAAGCCAUACUUAGGUGAUUUAUCUAUAGCUAUUUGGGUCAGAUACCGCAACUGAUCAGCUCUAGUAAUACAGUAUAUGGCAUUUACUCAUAUUAAUUUUGUUGCUUUUCUCUUUAAGGGAGAUGUAGAAGGAGGAAGGAAAUCAAUCCUCGAGGGAAUCAAAAUAAGAGAAGAGUUGGGUGUUCAACUGUAUGUCGCUGCAGGAAACUGUGAUCUUGGACGUGAGAAACUAAAUAAUCGCUUGACACGUCUAUAUAAACAUCAGUUACUGUACUUGCUGAUACAAGCGACGCGACUCUUGUUAAGCUCCCCAAAUGCGGCGCUUAUUCGAGUAAAUAUGGUAAUUAGUAGAAUCAUAGAUCGUGAAUCGAAGGUCUCGGCGGUAAGACUGCACAGAGGAAAAAACGACAAGAGUGCUGGAAUGUAGUUACCCGUAUUCCUUAUUUAUUUUCGAUCGCCUAAGCAUGUCAAUAAAACACGAGGCUCAUUAUGGGCGUUUAACCUAUAGCUGAGAGUUGUUCAAAAUUUCAACUGCCUGCUGAGGUGAAUGGGUACGGUGAUGCCUUGUUUAGGUGUAGCAAAGACAUCGUGAAAAAUGUUAGUGAUACUUUCGAAGAUUCGAGCUGCCCAAUACAGUCUCCAUUUAUACAGUCAAACAUGGAAGUAAAAGUAUGAGCUCAUUCAGGAUAAGAUACUGAACAAAUUAUUAGAUCUUCAGACGAUUAUGGAAAUAAUGCAAGUAUUACAGUCACAAAAUCUGACAAUGAACAUACAUACCGUAGUCUUGUUACCGGUAUAUAUGCCAGGAUAAUCAGUCGGUUAAGUUAACUGUAUUAACUCCGUAUUAUUUCAUUGCCCUGUUGUACUUUUUUACAAUCUCUUUUAGCCCUGUAAUAAUUUAACAAUUAAUUUUGCUUCACUCUGUUAAUGUCUAUUGUUAAAGUGUUUUUUUUUUCUGUAGUAUUGUAAAUGUAAUUAUUUAAUGUGAUUAUCAAUAAAUAAUUAUGUUGAAAAAAAAAGGAUAAUCAGUCGGUCAAUGGAAAUUCAGAUCUCAGGAAAAUGACCUAUAGUAAUAUAAAGUAAAUCAUCAUACUGAUAAGCAGGUAUUUUUGAAUAAUUUUUAAUUUCUUUAUAGAUUCUUACCGACAUUGCCGUGACUACAAGAAAGCUCUGGAAAUUUGGCAAACAAAGACGCUACCGGUUUACAUAGAGCAGCUAGGUAAGGUUCAUCCCUGGACGGCUUCAGUCAUUCAGCACAUCGCAUCCAUGUACUUGGAGCUUGCACGAAAGGAUCCAGCGCAGUACGCUGAGUCCGCCGAGACUUGCACCAGACGAGCUUUAGAACUGAGGUGGAAGCUGUUAGGUGUGCAUCAAGACACGGCUCGUUCGCACACUCAGCUAAGUGAAGUUCUUUGUAUACAAGGGAAAUUUGAAAUGGCCUUAAAAGAACUUGAAGAGGCUUUGGAUAUUCAAAACGAUGUCUUGGGUCGUAACCACGAGGUCACUCUUAACACGAUGGAGAAAAAAAGAGACGUUCUAGAUGCUAUGAAACGAACAGGGCAGGUCCAAGAGGCUGAGGAGACACUGCUAGCACAUAAAUUUGCAAACAUUCACUUUCCGAACAACUAAGAUCCGAACUUUUGCGUCGAAUUUGCGGUAAAUGAUAAUCGUUGUGCAAAUGGUAAACGCAAUUCCCGUUCGGAAUUGUCAAGUCCUGAGAUUUUGCUACCAUUUACUCACAUUCUGAAUCGACCGGUUUGUCAGCUGUUGUAAACAGAAAACAACGUUAUUAGAUCCCGUAGCACACUCGCAUAAUCAUGAAGCGACAUAGAAGCAAGUAAGUAAGCAAUUUUUAGAGUAACUCUAUUUCUAUAGUGUAAGCCUGUGAAUAGGAUCCGAUGGCUCGAGCAACCUCGUUCCCAGGCUUCUCUUCUAUCUGUCCCUGCGGAGGGAGAUCCCUGGGAACGAGGUUGCAUGGACGAAGAGGAGCUUAAAAGUGCAAGGAGACGGGGAGAGAGGAAAGCCAGGAAAGGCUUUUUCACAGACUAUUUCAAGAUCAUUACAAAACAAGCCGAAGGAAGAAUUCCUUUCCUCCAGUUAACAAACUUUUCAGAAUUACCCUCUUUAAAAAAGAUAAACAUGAACAAAUAAGAACAGGAGCCCUGAUAAGAAAAAGUAAAUCUUCAGAAAGAAUACAUAUGUAUUAAAAGGCACGCGAAUUUUUUUUGUUGUUGUUGUUGUAAUAUCAGAUUUUUUUUACUUUGCCUCAUGAUGAUCGAUUGGACACGCCGGCUUACAUGACUUUAAUAAUAUUCGACAUGUGUCUGGUUUGUCUGGUUUAACAAGCUUUUCAAUAUAAAAUCAAUAGUACACGAGUUUCGUUACGUUUGUUUGUGAUAUUGCACGCUUCGUGAAAGCGAUAUUAUUCUUUGUAUACCAAGAGAACAUAAAAGGCUUUAAAAAGGUCUUUUAAGUCUUAGUUGUGUAAAUAGAAUAGCAUAAUUGCCCAAAACUUACAGACCAAUAUCUCAAAGUGAAACUACUCAAAUGCAAAUUUCCUAUGACGAACGUUUGCUAGGAACGCCAAUUUUGAGACGAUAGGAAUAAAACUAAGCUAACUUUCUGUUCUAGCUAAAGGUUUCCUUUACCUUCCUUGCACGCUUCGUGAAAGCGAUAUUAUUCUUUGUAUACCAAGAGAACAUAAAAGGCUUUAAAAAGGUCUUUUAAGUCUUAGUUGUGUAAAUAGAAUAGCAUAAUUGCCCAAAACUUACAGACCAAUAUCUCAAAGUGAAACUACUCAAAUGCAAAUUUCCUAUGACGAACGUUUGCUAGGAACGCCAAUUUUGAGACGAUAGGAAUAAAACUAAGCUAACUUUCUGUUCUAGCUAAAGGUUUCCUUUACCUAUGUAUACGGUAUUUUUUCGAUUAUUCGCCAGGUCUAAAAGAGAAAGUAGUUAAUAUUAACUCCUCAGACAUUUAGUAGAGUAAAUAUUCGAACGCUUGUUUACUGUACGCGAAAUACAUCCAAACAAAAGAAAGUAAAAGAAAUAUCACCUAAAAGUAAAGCGUAUUUAUUAGAUUUUUAAGAAUUGCAUUGUUCAACAAAGAAACGUUUUCGAUUAAUUCGUUACACCUGUCGGCCCUUUGUGGUAGGACGGUUAGUCACAAAAUGACACUGUAAUGUAGUAGACAAUAAAGAAAACUUGCUAAUCACCUCAGGUGAACUAAUUAAUCACUGUCAGUAAUUCCCUUCAACUCGCAAUAUUGACUAUCGAUAAUAGUCCGUCACUAAAAGCUUACUCAUGGCCCUUUCUAAGUUUGUGCGGUACAUAGUUUGAGAUCUGCAAAGACGUUUUGGUGGAAACGGGACUCUAAUAGUUUUACUGUAAGCGCAUUGACUGUGACUUGACAAAAAGCCUCCACAAUACAGUUUUCUGAAAUGCGGAAAAUAUUUUAACUGGAAACGUUAUUAAAGCCACGAUGAACUUUUCAUGCAAUAUUGCUACCGCCAACAGUGUUGUUACAGGAAAGAUGUGUCCUCAAACCUUAAAUCAAACGAUUUCCUCAUUGUUACUGAGUUACUGACAAAAACUGGGGGAAGUAAUAAUGAAAGUGUAAUUGAACUAAAUAAAACCGAUCAAUUCGAUCCAGUUGCCAAAGAGAGGAUUAAAAUGUGAUUAAUGGAC